AUGCCACCGCAGAAGAUCCUCAUCUCUGGUGCUGGAAUAGCAGGCUCAGUAACAGCAUAUUGGCUCGGUCUCGCCGGCUUCAAUGUCACCGUAGUAGAAAGAAAUCCAGAACUCCGCACAGCAGGCCAAGGCAUUGAUAUGGGAGGUGCUGCUGUCGAGAUCAUCAAGAAGAUGGGCUUGGAAGAGAUUAUCAGAGCAAAAACGACUGGGGAGUUGGGAUUAUCAUUUGUAGAUGAGAAUGAUAAGGCUUUUGCGACAUUCGAUGUUGGAGACAAGAAUACUGAUAUUGGUUUUACAUCCGACAUCGAAAUCAUGCGUGGUGAUCUCUGCAACAUCUUCUACACGGCCGCAAACACCUUCCCAAAUGUAACAUUUCUCUUCAACACCAGCAUAACAUCUCUCCACCAAUCCCCCUCUUCCGUCACCAUCACAACAUCCACCGGCAAAGAAGAAACCUACGACAUGCUCAUAGCGGCCGACGGUUUCCGCUCAGCCACCCGCCGCCUAAUCCUCAACAAUCCCAAUAGUGAAGCCUUCAUCCAAUCCCAAAACUGCUGGGUAGCCUAUUUCUCCAUCCCCCGCGAACCACAAGACCAUCCACGCUCCAGAGGCUACAACGCCAUCGGGGGUAGAUUUAUCAUGAUACGACCAAACGAUGAAAAACUCAGUUCUGGAUAUCUCAUAGUUAGUAAAGAUGAGCCGUCUCUUCGCGCUGUACAGAGAGCAGGGAUGCAGGCUCAGAAGGCGGUGUUGGCGGAAUUGUUUGCUGAUGCUGGGUGGGAGGCUAUGAGGGUCAUUCGGGAAAUGAAGGAUACGGAGGAUUUUUACUUGCAGGAUGUUGCGAGGAUAGAGUUGGGGGCUCAGGGGUGGUCUAAGGGGAGGUGUGCUAUGGUGGGGGAUGCUGCGUAUUGCUCUUUUACAGGUACUGGAACUACUCUUGCGAUUCUUGGUGGCUAUAUGCUUGCAGGAGAGAUUUUGCAGAGGCCAGAAGAGCCGGAGGUUGCAUUCAGGGCUUAUGAAGAUAAGUUGGCGGGGUAUGUGAAGAAGGCGCAGAGUGCUCCGAAGGGAGGUCCUCAGCUGUUUGUCCCGCAGACGAGGCUUGGAGUCUGGUUGAUUCGGACUGCGCUGUGGUUGGUAUAUCGGAGUGGCAUCACGCGCUGGAUUGGAGGAUACAAGAUGCCGAAGUUUGACUUGCCAGAUUAUCCUUUCGACGCAAGGGUCGAAUGA